AUGUCCCUCCCAGACGACCCGACCCCCCUCCAGACCGCCUUCUACAACCAGCCCCUCUCCGCCCACCUCUCCACCUGGGACAGCCUCUGGGAGGCAAACAACACGCCCUGGGACCGCGCGGGGCCCAGCCCGGCCCUGCACGACCUCCUCGCCGACCGCGCGCACGACCACCUCUUCGCCUCCUGCCGCCCGUCUCCUCCUGCCCAGGGCCAGCAGCGGCAGCGGCAGCGGCAGCAGCCGCGCAAGAAGGCCCUCGUCUCGGGCUGCGGCCGCGGCCACGACGUCCUCCUGCUCGCGGCCCUGGGCUACGACGCCUACGGCAUCGACUUCUCCCCCGUGGCCAUCAGGGGCGCCCGCGCCAACGCCGAGGCCGUCGCCGCCGCCGACCCGGAGGAGUACCGGCCCCGCGACCCGGCCGUGGGCAGGGGCGCCGUCACCUGGCUCGAGGGCGACUGGUUCAAGUUUGACUUUGCCGCCGAGGUCGGCGUCGACAAGUUCGACCUCAUCUUUGAUUACACCUUCCUCUGCGCCCUCCCGCCCUCGGCGAGGCCCGCCUGGGCCGCCCGCAACGCCGCCCUGCUCCGCCCGGACGGCGGCCGCCUCGUCUGCCUCGAGUUCCCCCGCACCAAGCCGCUGCACCUCGCCGGCCCGCCCUGGGGCCUGCGCUCCCACAUCUACCUCGCCCACCUGUCCCGCCCGGGCCGGGAGCUGCCCUACACCGACGCCGGCGACGUCGUCGCCCAGGAGGAGGACGAGCUCGGCGACGACCCGGUAGGCGCCACCGCCGACGUCGCGGGCCGUGGCCUCAAGAGGCUCGCGCUCAUCGUGCCGCCGCGGACGCACUCGUGCGGCGUCAGCGAGGACGGGACGGUGCACGACCGCAUCUCCGUGUGGGGUCACUAG